AGAUCUUCAUCCCCACUUCCCUCAAAGAAAAAAGAUCUUCAUCCCCACGGUGUGGGCUGCCUACUCUGUUCACUCCGACAUGCCCGGCGACCUGCGCCAGCAGAGUAGCCGGGGCGGCGGCCAUGCCUGGUCCGUCGUCCGGAGGCAGCCGCGGGGGAGCAUGAAGGAGGCGCGUCGCCGGCGGAUCCGCUCGACGGCGUCCCCGGCCUCGUCACCGGCGCCGGCAGCCUCCAGAUCGCAAGGUCGCCUCCUUCCACAUUCCCCUCCCCCAUUCAGCUGCAGUAUUCUUGUGGUCGUCGGAGGGAGAUGGACGGGAUUGGGUUCGCCGUCCCAAAUAUUGGGAUUUCUUCUUGGACCGGAUUUAUUUCUUUCACAUCAAUCCAUUUUUAAAGGCGUCCGUAUCUCAUCACUAUAGCGACGAUAUACAGGUGUGAAGGGGGUCAAUCGCCAUACAGACCCAGGCUCGCAAUACCUUUAUGGCGUUGCUAUAUCGUCGCUAUAAUGCUAUAAAGGGGGUCGCUCGCCAUAAAACGCAAUACGCCAUUAAAACAAUGCAUCAAUCUUUAAUUUGGGCCCUAGAUGGGACGGCGGGAUCUCUUAGCAAGCAACGGAAUUCACCACUUAUUCUGUAGCAAUUCUUAGAAUAUUUACAUUUCGGAUUACUCCCAACAAUUCAUGGUCCUUGGACCCGCAGGCCAACUAGCUGUGGAAAAACUGCACUUAGCUUCACACCGUUGUCAAUUGAUGCUCCACCCAACACUCCAGCAGCGACUUCCGUUAGAUUCCAAGCCCCAAAGUCACGAUUGGACCGUCAAGACGACUAGUUGUGGAAAAAACCGCGCUCAGCUCCACUCUCCAGCGCCUUCCAUGAAAUUCCUAGCCCCAAAGUCCUCAUUGGUCUGCUAUCUCAAGAAGAACAUAUAACUGACCCGGGAGAAAAGAAGACCAUAUGUUCAUGCCAAAAUCUCCCAUGGACACACUUCACUUCUCCUGCAUCCAAAUAGCCAUAGCCCUACUCUUGUUCACUCAAGCCAAUAGCACCACAGAGGGCAGCACAUCUGCCCUGCAUCCAAACGAUGCGAUUCCCAGCUGUGUUGCCGGUGAGAAGUCUGCCCUUCUUGCCUUCAGGGCAGGCCUAUCAGACCCUGCCAGCCUCCUUUCAUCAUGGAAGGGUGACGACUGCUGCCGAUGGAAUGGCGUCUAUAGCAGCAACACCACCAGCCAUGUUGUCAAGCUGGAUCUCCGAGGCCCUGAAGACGGAUGCGGUGUUGAGACUAGACAGGGGCUAGCAGGCAACAUAAGCUCCUCGUUGCUUGGUUUAAAAAAUCUAUGGUAUCUCGACCUCGGCUGCAACGGAUUCGACGAGAUACAGAUACCGGAGUUCAUGGGUUCUCGCCAUAAGUUGAGAUAUCUCGACCUAUCAGCCUCACUGUUCAUUGGAAGGAUACCGCCGCAGCUGGGUAAUCUCUCCAACUUACGGUACUUAAGUCUUGGGAAUGAGGAUACAUACUCCACUGAUAUCACCUGGUUGUCACGGUUGACUUCCCUUGAGCACCUAGAUAUGUCUGGGGUGAACCUCAGCACAAUUGUUCACUGGCUUCCAUUGGUGAAUAUGCUUCCAACUCUGAAAGUUCUUCGCCUUCCCCAUUGCCAGCUUAGAAUUAGCCCUGAUUCUCUAGAUAUCUCGAGCAAUGGUUUCUAUGGCCCGUUUCCAGAUGGGAUAGGUAAUAUGACCUCCAUUGUGGAGCUUGAUUUAUCAGAUAAUAACCUUGUGGGCAUGAUACCAUCCAACAUGAAGAACCUAUGUAAGUUGGAGACAUUAGAUUUUUCUGUGAACAAUAUCGACGGGAGUAUAGCAGAAUUAUUCCAUCGAUUACCCAGUUGUUCGCGGAAUAAACUACAAUGGUUGUCUCUACACGACAACAAUCUGACUGGAAGCCUACCAACUACACUAGUAGAGCCCUUGAGAAACCUGAACCAGCUGUAUCUCAGUGAUAACAAACUCACAGGUCAUGUCCCAGUGUGGAUAGGAGAGCUCAAACAGCUAACAAAUCUGGACCUUAGUUCUAACAACCUGGACGGGGUCAUACAUGAAGGUCAUUUAUCACGUCUAGAUAUGUUGGUGGAAUUGACAUUAUCAGACAACUCCAUAGCCAUCACAGUGAGCCCAACUUGGGUUCCUGCUUUCAGUCUAGGAAUAGUUGAACUUCGGUCCGGUCAGCUAGGGCCAAAAUUCCCAAUGUGGCUUAGAUGGCAAACACACGUAACGAGUCUUGAUAUAUCAAACACAAGCAUAAGCGAUAUAAUACCGGAUUGGUUUUGGACAGCGGCUUCCUCAGUAGAGUCUCUGAAUAUCCGAAAUAAUCAGAUUACAGGAUUCCUACCAUCAACAAUGGAAUUUAUGAGAGCAGAAGAAAUGGAUUUCAGUUCUAACCAGCUUGGUGGUCCAAUACCUAAGCUUCCCAUCACUCUAACCAACCUGGAUCUCAGUCGGAACAAUCUAGUUGGGCCACUACCAUUAGACUUUGGAGCGCCGGGGCUUAGGACACUUCUUCUAUAUAACAACAUGAUCUCUGGCGCCAUUCCAUCUUCUUUGUGCAGUUUGCGAGCAUUGAGGUUGUUAGAUCUAUCAAGAAAUGGUCUCAAUGGGUCAAUUACCGAUUGCCUAGUCAACGAGUCCAGCACAAACAUGACAGGCCUGGGUAUUGCCAAUCUAAGCUUAAGAAACAACAACCUCUCGGGUGAAUUUCCUUCACUUCUCCAGAAAUGUCCACGACUCAUCUUUCUUGAUCUCGGACAUAAUCAAUUCUCUGGGGCUUUACCAGCAUGGAUUGGGGAGAAGCUAUCAUCUUUGUCAUUCUUACGACUGAGAUCCAAUAUGUUUUAUGGUCACAUUCCAGACGAGCUUACGGAGCUUGUUAAUCUUCAAUACUUGGACCUUGGCUACAACAAUAUUUCAGGGAGCAUACCGAGAUCUAUUAUUAAUUGUACAGGCAUGACACAAACAAGAGACAAUGAUGAUCUUCAGGAUGCAUUCACUUUUGGAGUAUAUUCUGCUGGCAAUUACCUAGUUAACUAUACUGAGAAUUUAACAGUACUCACGAAAGGUCAAGAGAGAUUAUAUACAGGAGAAAUCAUAGAUAUGGUGAAUCUUGAUUUAUCCUGUAAUAGUCUUUCUGGAGAGAUCCCUGAAGAAAUCAGCGCUCUUGUAGCAUUGAAGAGCCUGAACUUAUCAUGGAACAACUUCAAUGGAAAAAUCCCUGAGAAUAUUGGCGCCUUAAUGCAGGUGGAGUCACUUGACCUAUCACACAAUGAUUUGUCCGGUGAAAUGCCUUCAAGCUUAUCGACUCUCACAUCAUUGAGUCGCCUGAACCUGUCCUACAACAAUCUGAGGGGGGAAAUACCGACUGGAAAUCAACUGCAAACACUCGAAGACCCGGCCUAUAUUUAUAUUGGCAACCCCGGCCUCUGUGGUCCUCCUCUCUCUGUAAAUUGUUCGUCACAGCCCGAGCCAAUUCCAGGAGAAAACCACGGAGAUGCAAGCGACGACUUGGUUUCGUUUUUCCUAGCCAUGGGCUCUGGAUAUGUGAUGGGUCUCUGGUUGGUCUUCUGUACCUUCUUAUUCAAGAGGAGAUGGAGAGUUUCGUGGUACUUGCUCUGUGACAGCCUGUAUGAUUGGGUUUAUGUGCAUGUGGCUAUUACCUGGAGUUCCUUGAGAGGUAAAAUCAAUGGGUAGAAGCUGAGAUGAGAUGACCAUCACUGGUUCUUGGUUUGCUCUCAUGUAAUUCAAUAAAUGCUUUUGAGAUUUAUCAUGAAUGUAUCAAUCGAUGUUCAGGUAUUAUAUUGUACUAGAACUAGUCAGGAUAUGUAUUCAAGGUGCGUACCAUGGACUGAGAUUGGUUGCUAUUUUCCAUAUUGUACUAGAACCAGCACUGGUGGUCCUUGGUUUGCUCUAGAUAUGUAAUAUGAUAUAAUCUGGAGAUUUAUCAUGAAUGUGUCAAUUGAUAUUCCAGUGUAUUGUACUGGAACAAGUCACGCACAUGUAUGCAUUCUAGGUGCACUGUAUUGGAACUAGUCAUGCACAUGUAUGAAUUCUAGGUUGCCAUCAACUGAGGUUUUUUAAUUUUUAUAUAUGAUGUGUUUUCUAUGUGCUUUCUGUUGUUGGUGCAUUUCAUUUUAUAAUAAUUCCAUGGUAAAUACUGAUACCUCGGGCAAAACUCAAAUGGCAAAGAUAAGGAGGUUGAAACCGGUGAUGGCAAGAAUGAAGGUGAUUCUGAUUUUGUUCUGGCCUGGCAAGAGCAAUAGUUGAGAAGAACCCAGACCGUACUAUGGAGAGAAAAUUGAAGUCCUUUUUUGCUAUGGCAAUAGAGGUCUCUACGGAAAGAGAACCUGAAAAAUGCUCUGGAAGUUUUGUUGGUUGAUAAUGAUGCAUCUGCUUCUGAUACAAGGGUGUUAUGAGAAAUCUGCUCUAGAAGAUGAGAUAGUGUCCUUCAGUGGCAUAUUGGCUGAAACCGGGCAAGGUAGCAAACGAGAUUGGAUUUAUGUUACCGAUCUUUCUCAUUAACAUGUUCUGGCUCUAUGACAAGGAACAUGUUUUUUUUUCUUGCUUAUAAGGAUUGUUUUUUUUUUUGGACAUGGCUGAGUCAUUUUGAAUCAGCUUGAAGAACUGGAGCAAACGAUGUCAACCCCAAAAGCAGGCAUGUAAUCAGCGAAACAGAACCAAGCAGUGAACAAAAGGUGAAAUGACUGCUUGGGGUGGAACUAUGGUCAAUGCUGGCUCGCUGAGAACGGCUCCGCUUUUGCCCCUGCUCUUCCGGAACAACACUCCAUAUAUUAGUAGUUUCCGGUUUUGAAAUUCAGACCCGAUGAUGCUUGAGGAAAGCAGGAAAAGAUAAUCAGCUCGGCAUGAAGUUUGACAAAAUGCAGCAAAACGAGUGAAAGAGAAACGAAAUGAAAUAUAUACAGCUUUGGCUCAAUGAAAAGAAAAGGGAAUUUCAAAUUUGAAAACUGAAAAUUACUUUAUCAGAGCCAAGUUUCGAUCUUGGGGGCACAACGCUGAAGCCGAAAGAGCAGCAGCAGCAGCAAUCAACAGCGGACGCCGUUCCUGAAGAAACUCAAGUUCCUUAAGGGACAGAACAGCGCUGGUUCAACAUACACAGUCUCUAUUUGCAAAAACAAAAUAAAUAAAUCCACAGUCUCUGCUGGACCCCGCAGGUCAGAUAAGGCCUUAUACCAAGUCCAGCCGGUACGCAGGGAAGGAAUGGAUCACAUACUAGGCGGGACCCACUUGUAAGAGAGUUCUGUUAUGUGGUGUGCUAUAAAGUAGCUGUACUUCUGUCCAGAGAGGCAUCCGGUGAAUCAUUUGAACCCUCAAAGGGGCAUGCCUCUUUCUUCUUCUCCAAGUUGUAAUACGGAUCUGACUGGCUAGCUUCGGCUAGACGAAGGAAGGUCUUGUGCUGUUCUCGAGAGAUACAAGAAGUAGGAUCAAAACAAUUGGUAUUCUGAGUUUUGAGCUUUCCCUCUUUGCUGCACACGCAUGGAACAAGAUAUUGGGUCCUCGGGUAAUUUUUUUUUUGUUUCUUCAUAUGAGCCACAAAAGUGACAAAUUGUAUCGUGUGCAAAUUUUUAGUGGCAUAUUUGGAAUAACAAAAAUCCAGUACCAUUUGAAUA